AUGGAGGGCGGCGUCAAGCCCGAGCCGUCAGAUACCAAUCAUCUGCUUGCGACCCCCCUCGCAACUUUGCAGAAUCAGAAUGCUAGGGGUUCUCACGAGUCGCCCUACGUGACUGCUCCUUCUUCGGCAACAACGCUUCGUGCUGACACAGAAACACCCCGGCAAAUCAAGCUCGAGGGUGGUGCGCUGUCAGAGAUGAAGCAAGAGCUUCCUGCUGGAAAUGUGGACCACGACAUCCCGACUGGCGAACCCGAAUCCGGCAUUCCCGAGAUCAAUCAGCACCAAGAACCCGACCCUCUCGAGCAGUGGGCUAAGGAGACAUCGCCAGAGGUUCUCGAGGAGGGUGUCAAGAUCGGCUUGGAUCUCUUGGAGAACCUAAAGUUCCCUCUCAAUGCUGCCGCCGCUGCUUCCCUGUCCGACACCCAGGCUCCCGCAUGGCUCAACGCGAUCAAGGACCUACAGUCCCGCUCAAAGGCAUCAAAGACUAUUGUCGGCGUUGUCGGCAACACUGGCGCUGGAAAGAGUUCCGUCAUCAACGCUCUGCUGGACGAGGAGAGACUUCUUCCGACGAACUGCCUCCGAGCCUGCACUGCUUCGCCCACUGAGAUCUCUUACAACUACUCCGACGACGCUUUUGAGCUUUACCGUGCCGAGAUCGAGUUCAUCUCUGCCGACGACUGGAUCAAGGAGCUCAAGACCCUGUACACCGAUCUCUUCGAUGACAACGGCAAUGUCUCCCGAGAAUGCACCAAUCCUGACACUGAGGCUGGUAUCGCUUAUGCUAAGAUCAAGUCCGUCUACCCAUCCAAGACCAACAACAUGAUCGCCGACAGCAGUCCUGAGCGCCUGGCGAAUGAGCCCGCCGUCAGAGGUGUUCUGGGCAGCGUCAAGAAGUUGCGGUCUACCACAGCGAAGGAGCUGUACAACGGCAUGCAGCGCUACGUCGACAGCAAGGAGAAGAACAACCAUCUCAAGAAGGACGUUUCCAUGGAGUACUGGCCCCUGAUCAAGGUCGUUCGGAUUUACACCAAGGCCAAUGCCUUGUCGACUGGCGCCGUCAUUGUCGACUUGCCUGGUGUCCAGGAUUCCAACGCUGCCCGAGCCGCUGUUGCGCAGCAGUACAUGAAAGCCUGCACGGGUCUUUGGAUCGUCGCUCCUAUCAAUCGUGCUGUCGACGACAAAACGGCAAAGUCUCUUCUUGGCGAUUCUUUCAAACGCCAGCUGAAGUACGACGGUAUUUAUUCCGCUGUGACCUUCAUCUGCUCCAAGACGGACGACAUCUCGGUGAUCGAGGCUGCCGAGAGUCUCGACAUUGAGUCUGACGUUUCCGAGUCUUGGACCAAGAUCGAUGAUCUCCGCCGCCAGAUCGGAGCUCUUAAGAAGGAGCUGGCCAGCGGCAGGGACGAGAAGGCAGAGCUCAUCGAUAAGCUCGAGCAGCUCGACAGCACAUGGGAGACCUGGGACGAGCUCUCACAAAAGUUUAGCGACGGCAAGACCGUCUACGCUCCUUCGGAGAACAGCAAAAAGCGCAAGCGUGGCGCCACCUCCAAGAAGAGCCGCAAGAACCACAUGUCAUCUGAUUCGGACGAUAGCGACUCGGACUCGGACUUUGAAUCAGCUAGUGAUAAGGAGAACCAGCCUGAGGACGAAGGCCGAGUCCCUUUGACCGAUGAUCAGAUCCAGGAGAAGCUGGCAGAGCUGAAGGCCCAGCGGAAAGAAGUCCGCCAACUGCGCAAAGAAGUCGAUGCCAGCCUUUCGGACAUUCGACAACAGAUGAAGCCGCUUCAGGCCGAGGAGAGCCGACUUCUAGGAGCUGUCAAGGCUGUUUGCAUCCAAGGCAGAAAUGGAUACUCAAAGGGUGCAAUCCAGCGUGAUUUUGCCAUGGGCAUCAAAGAGUUGGACCAAGAAGCCGCCAUCGAAGAGGACGAGAACACCUUCAAUCCCGACGAGGACAUCAGAGAUUACGAUGAAGUCGCGCGCAACCUUCCUGUCUUCUGUGUGAGUAGCCGUGCUUACCAGAAGAUGAGAGGCCGGCUGCAGAAGGAUGACUUCAACAACGAUGGCUUUCGCGAUGUCAGCGAAACCGAGAUCCCCCAACUUCAACAGCAUGCGAAGAAACUCACCGAAGGCGGUCGUGCUGCCACUUGCCGUCGGUUCCUCAACGACCUGAGUCAGCUCCUCAACUCCAUGAAGAUGUGGGCUACCAAUGACGGUACCUUGUCCUACAUGAGUGACAAAGACAAGAAGACCGAGGAGAGCCAGCUUCGCCGACGAUUGCUUGAUCUCGAGAGGGAGUUCGCCAAAGCUGUCGAUGAGUGCCUUACUUCCAUGAAGGAUGCCCUGGCUGAGAGCAUCUACGAUCACUUCGACCGGACGAUCCCUUCCGCUGCCGACGCGGCUGUCCCCACCGCCUCGUCCUGGGGCGCUCCCCGCAGUAUGGGUGGUAUGUUCUGGGCCACGUACAAAGCAACUUGUCGCCGCGCCGGUGUUUACUCUGGCGCAUCUGGGCCUCGCGACUUCAAUGCAGAGCUUUUCGAACCGAUUAGCAAGCAGCUUGCAACGGGGUGGGAAAAGGCUUUUCAACGACAUCUUCCCCGAGCUCUCGAGGGCUUUUCUAUGAGUGCCCGCUUGGUUUUGGAGAACUUCCAUCGUGCUGCCGUCGCCACUUCCCAGCAGCGCGGUACCAACUUCGCAGGCAUCAACAUGCUGAGCCAGCAACUCCGAACGCACAUUACGAGACUCAAGGAGAUUCCCGGACUUCUUCGCACGACCAUUCAGGAUCUCCAGCGUGAAGCCAGCAGAGGUUUCCAUCCAAUCAUCACAGAGGAUAUGCAGCCAGCCUAUGACAUUUGUGUUGAGGAGAGAGGUUCUGGCUCCUAUGCUCGAAUGAAGAACCAUAUGGUCACUCAUGUCGAGCAGAACCGCGAGUCGAUGUUUCGCCACGCGACCGAUACCGUCAAGGUACUGCUCCAGCAACUUUGCAAGCGUGUGGAGGAUGACAUGGCCAUCCAGGUGCAGGACAUUUAUAACCUGUUGGCUCGCGACUACUUGGCUGUCAUAGUAGGCAUCGAUUCCAAUGUCCAGCCGACUGGCCUGCCCCGCUCUGAACGCCUUUUGCGAGCCGAGAUGCUUCCCAUCCUUUAUGACACGGCUCAGUGGUUCGCCAAGUCUUCUGCAACUGAAGAUGAGGGCCCCGCCGAGGAGGUCGACCCUUUUGCAGGUGACGAUGACAACGUUGACGAUCUGCUGACUUCUCAACUCAACGACGAGGCUCGAGCUAGCGCUCAUGGCAGUGUUCAUGUCAAGGCGGAGGCUGCGAUGUGA